AUGUUCAAUGAUAAUAUUGAAGAAUUUGAUAGAGAUUAUGUUUCUGAUGAAGACGAUUUAGAAGAAAUUAUACAACUUGAUUGUGAAAACUUGGAUGCUAAUGAAAUAAUAGAUUUUAAUACCUUCACAGAAAAACAAGCAAAUGAAACAAAUUACAAUAACGAUAUAGAAGCUGAGGGUGAACUUGAUUAUGAUAUUAACGAA